CAAUACUCAAUCGUCAAUUUGUCAUAACAAUUUUCUAACCUUUAAAUAUGCUAAAAAGUCGAAAUUUCAAGAACUUAUGUCUGAAUUAUCGAAAAUUUUCCGCAAAAUGGACUUGCAUAACGUGUUCAAGAGCAAAAAGUUCAGCAGAGCCGAAGACGAAAACAUACUCUCAUACAAUUCUGUUUCCCAAAACCAAUUUUCCGGCGAGAUCGAAUAAUGCAAUUAAAGAAGAUAUUCAAAAGAAAGCACAGUUUUCUCAACUAUACAGUUGGCAAAGAGAGCAUCUGACAGGUUCAGAGUUUGUGUUGCAUGAUGGACCACCAUACGCCAAUGGAGACUUGCACAUGGGGCAUGCUGUCAAUAAGAUAAUAAAAGACAUAAACAAUAGGAGUCAACUCGUCCAAGGUAACAAGGUGCAUUACAUUCCCGGUUGGGACUGCCAUGGCUCGCCCAUAGAAUUGAAAGCUCUGAAAACCAAGAAGGACAAAAAUGAACCAACUGACCCUGUACAAUUGAGAAAAAUCGCUCGAACAUAUGCUUUGGAGACUGUUCAGAAGCAAAAGGAGGCAUUUAUAAGUUGGGGUGUAAUGGCUGAUUGGGACAAGCAAUGUUAUUUGACGCUCAACAAAAAGUAUGUCCAAGCGCAAUUGAGACAGUUCUACAAGAUGUACAAGUCUGGGUUGAUAUACAGAGCCAUGAAACCUGUUUACUGGUCUCCGUCCACUAGGACAGCAUUGGCUGAAGCUGAACUGGAAUAUGACCCGGUAUACAAAAGCAAAGAGGUGUAUGUGAAGAUGGAUAUGGUGCAAAUACCUGAACCAGCACAACAUUUAAGUAAAACAAUAUCAGCAGUUAUAUGGACAACUACUCCGUGGACCUUAGUAGCAAACAAGGCGAUCGCUUACAGUAACCAAAUGAAGUAUGCGGUUGUGACUCUUAGUAUCAGGGCAGAGGAGUUAUUUUUGAUUGCUAAAGAUCAAAUCCUGGAAUUGGAGAAAGUUUUGAAUGCUGAAAUUGCUGUGUUGGUUGAGUUUGAAGGACAUCAUCUCCAAGGGUGUACAUACACGAACAAUCUGUCUACUGACGUACUGCCUUUUUUGGAAGCUGAUCAUGUGACAGCGGGCAAAGGGACUGGGCUGGUCCAUACGGCGCCGGCGCAUGGACCAGAGGACUUCCUUGUUGCUCUCAAGAACAAUAUGAUUGUGGAAUGCAAUGUAGAUGAACUUGGACGGUACAUAAAUCUUGGCCCAAAACUGGAUAGUCUUCAAGUCCUAAAAGAAGGGCAGGAUGCUGUGAUUAAAAUGCUGGAACAUUCCAUCAUACAAACAGGAACGUACAUACAUUCCUACCCUUUGGACUGGAGAACUAAGAAGCCGGUUAUCCUUAGAGCGAGUCACCAGUGGUUUAUUGAUACAUCUGCUUUGAAAGAGAAGGCAUUGGCAGUAUUGGAUAAAGUGUCUAUCCUCCCACCGUCGACGGCGGCUCAGUCACGUCAAGGCUUCAGAGCGCUGUUGGAAAAACGACCCUACUGGUGUAUAUCUAGACAACGAUCAUGGGGAGUGCCUAUACCGGUUUUGUACAGGGGUACUGAAGUUAUUUUGAAUGAGGAUAUCCUAGAGAGGUUAUGUUCAUUAGUGGAUAAACACGAGACUGAUGUUUGGUGGACUUGUGAUGUCAAAGACUUGAUUCCAAACGACGUUGCUGAUAAAUAUAACCUGAAUAUUGAAGAAAUUACUAAAGGCAAGGAUAUAAUGGAUAUCUGGCUAGACUCCGGCCUGUCCUGGCAGACGUUAGACGGGAAGAAAGCUGCACUUUACUCCGAGGGAGUCGAUCAGUUGACGGGAUGGUUUCAGGCGUCCUUACUGACCUCGCUAGCUUUGAAGGAUGACGCUCCAUAUGAAUCAAUAUUCGUGCAUGGCUUCGUAGUGGAUGAGAAGAAACGUAAGAUGUCUAAGUCUAUUGGCAACGUUGUUGACCCCAAGGCCAUUAUACACGGAGACAAGAAACAACCCGGGUACGGAGUGGACACACUUAGAUGGUGGGUUGCGAGUCACGCCACUCAACAUUCCCAAAUAGUGAUCAGCCAGAAACUGCUAGAAGAUUGCCAGAACGAAGUCAUCAGGCUACGCAACAUCAUAAAAUACCUCCUCGGCGUUAUAAAUGACUUGGAAAAACCCGUCUUUACCCAAAAACCGAAUUUGAAUUACUUCGACCAAUAUAUGGUACAAGAAAUCCAUCAAUUUGAAAACCAAAUAGUGGAUUGUUUCAAUAAUUUUAGAUAUAACCAAGUUGCGCAAAGUGUAUUAUAUUUUAUUAGUAAUAAAGUUUCCGGACUUUACUGUCAUUGUAUAAAGGAUCGAUUAUAUUGUUCGGAAAAGAAUUCAAACGAAAGAUUGUCAGCCCAGCUUGUAAUACACACGGCUUUGAUCUCUAUUUGUAAGGCCUUAGGUCCUAUUUUGCCUCACUUGGUGGAAGAAGCGUGGCUUUAUCAUCCUUUACAUGAAAAUCCCUUUUAUUUCACAAAAGAUAUACCAGUUUUAAAGACUAAUAAUUUCGAAACUUCAAUAAUGGAUGCGAUAUUGGAUAUCAAAAAAGACGUGUGCAGGUUAGCAAAGAACGAAAACUUGAAAAAAUUACAACUGAAUUUGAGGGUAGAUUCGAAUUUGUAUGAAAAAUUAAAAGGUUUGAAUGUUCAUGAUGGACUGAAUGACAGUGUUUUGUGUGAAAUUUUAGAACUGUCAUCUGUCAAUUUGGAGGUCAAUAACGGCGGGGAACGAGAAAUUAUAUUGACACAGAGUAAAAACCGCCAAUGUUUGAGAUGUAGGAAAUAUAAUUCCACAGACGAUAGUGACAGGUGCUUGAGGUGCGCAAAAGUCUUAUCGUUACUAAUGUAAAACGAAAAUAUUUUAAGUUCGAUGUAUACUUGACCAGAAAUAUAAAAAGCCUAGUUUGAGGAUUUAGAGGGGUUUUUAUUUAUUUUAAUAACUAGCGGACGCCCGCGACUUCGUCCGCGUGGAAUUCAGUAUUCACAAAUCCCGCGGGAACCGUGGAUUUUUCCGGGAUGAAAAGUAGCCUAUGUGUUAAUUCAGAGUAAAAUCUAUUUACAUUCCAAAUUUCAGCCAAAACGCUUCAGUAGCCGCAGCGUAAAAGAGGAACAAACAUACUUACACACUUUCACACUUACACACAAACUUUCGCCUUUAUAAUAUUAGUAGGAAGUAUUUUAGACGCCUGUAUGGAAUAACGGAAAAAAAUAGUUCCUUUUUUAUCUUUCUGGUCAGGUUGCCCUUACUAGGGCAAGUGAUAGAAUGUAAUAUUUAUUUGUAAAGAUAUUCAUCGUAGGUAUAGGUAGUUGAAUAAUUUGAGUUUAAUUUAAUUAUAUUUACAAUAAAGUUAUAUAAAUUACAA